UGUUUGAAAUGAAAGCCACUCAAAGAAAGAAAUAAAAAAAAAGAAGAAAAAGUAGGGAGUGAAGGAACACAGAAAGAACAACUCAUAAACCGUCGCUGCUUCUCUCUUUGUCCCUUUCAUCACCACAACUUCUCGCAUCUAUAUCACUCAACUCAACCCCAGAUUUCUUUUUCCCCUUUCAAUUUCUUCAAGCCAUGACCAGCUCCUCCGCCGCCUCUCGCAAGGCACUGAGUAAGAUAGCAUGCAAUCGUCUGCAAAAGGAGCUUGUGGAGUGGCAGGUCAACCCUCCUUCUGGCUUCAAACACAAAGUCACUGAUAAUCUUCAAAGAUGGGUAAUAGAAGUAAAUGGAGCCUCUGGAACUUUGUAUUCCAAUGAAACUUAUCAGCUUCAAGUUGAUUUUCCUGAACACUAUCCCAUGGAAGCUCCCCAGGUUAUUUUUCUUCAUCCGGCUCCACUUCACCCUCAUAUUUAUAGCAAUGGACACAUUUGUUUAGAUAUAUUAUAUGAUUCAUGGUCCCCUGCCAUGACUGUUAGUUCUGUCUGCAUCAGUAUUCUCUCAAUGCUGUCGAGCUCAACUGUGAAGCAACGCCCUGAAGACAAUGAUCGGUAUGUAAAGAACUGUAGAAAUGGCAGAUCUCCGAAGGAGACUAGGUGGUGGUUUCACGACGAUAAAGUGUAAUUACUGUGGCAUUCCGAUGCAACAUUAAUUUAAAUAAUUAAAGUCCAUAACCUUUUUGUUGAAAGGAAAAUGAAACAUAUGGAGAAGCAUAUUCUGAAAAGAAAACAUUUGAUUAUCUCCUGUAAAUGGCAAUGCCUGGUGUGUAAAGAAAAGGGGACCAUGUGUUUUUAGUUA